CGAAGAUUCAGAUUUGGAUCUUUCCGAGCGCGGUUCGCACGGCGUGGAUUUUUUGGCCAGCAACCAUCUUUUUGAUCGUCGACAGCAGCAAUGACAAAACCUCUCGGAUCCAUCAUCAAAUUUGCACGCACUUCUUUCAAGUAAGGGUCUCUUCCAUUUUCAUCUAUUACUGGCAGAGGUUAGCUAGUAGCAGGUUUCAACCCAACAAUAACACCAUGGCAUCGACGGAUGAUACCACCGCUACUACCGGUACUAGUGGUAGCGACAGUACUACGAAAGAAGACACACCCACAGUUACCACUGAAAACAAGGAGAAUGCAGACGAGAAGAAGGAUACCAGUAAUGCUGUGGAAGAACCCCCCGAGUUAAAGGAACCCAUUUUAUUUGACUGUUCUACCUUUGGUCAUGCCAAAAUGGUGGCUCUGGCCAACGGCACCUAUCAAGAUCGAAUCAAGGCAUCCAUGCCAGCAUCCGAUGUCACUCCCGCACUUGCCCUCUCCCAGACACCCAUGACUUUUUGGGAGGAUUUUGUCGCUACUGCAUUUUCGGCCUUUGGAGUGCCCGUGGCCGUCUUUAACAUCCCCAUUGCCUUGUUUGUCAUUGGCAAAUUCCUAGUGGGAAAUGUCGCAUUGACAUUUCAACUAUUUGGACUUUUUGUCAUUCUCCCACUCGCUUUGAUGCCGCAAAAAUUCAAUCCUGACUCUCUCCAGAGUUGGUUGGCAUUGACCAUGCUCAAGUAUUAUUCAUGGAGGUUGCUCCUGGAGGAAUUCCCAUCUCCAAACAGACCUAGAAUCUUGGUCGGACCUCCUCAUGGAGUGUUUCCUUACGGAUGCCUCAUGACCAUGAUUUGUUAUCCCAGCACAGCGGGCAUUUUCUGUCGAGGUUUGGCGGCCAGAGCCGCAGUUGUGACACCCAUUUUCAAACAAAUCUUGAGAACCGUUGGCAUUGUCGAUGCCAAUCGUGAUACGGCUCGUCGGGUUUUGGAAAAACCAAGUUGUCUCGGAAUUUCGACAGGAGGUGUCGCCGAAAUCUUUGAAACCAACGCGGACGAUGAAGUCAUUCUGCUCAAGGAACGAGUGGGAUUGAUCAAGUUGGCAAUUCGCACCGGUGCUGACCUCCAGCCCUGUUAUAUUUAUGGCAGUAAUGAUGUUCUAUCCUGUUGGACUGGGGAAGGCAUUCCUGGGGCCAAUGCCUUGCUCUCUCGGAUAUCUAGAAAAUUGGGAUUUGGAGUGAUUGUCAUUUUUGGACGCUUUGGAUUGCCCAUUCCUCGCAGAGUUCCAUUGUUGGGAGUGUGUGGCAAGGCUAUCCGAACGGAUCACAUGAAAUGUGAGAAUCCAACAAAGGAGCAAAUAGAAGAGGUUCAAGGUUUGCUCAUCAAACACAUGGAGGCAGUUUUCCAACGAUACAAGAAACUCUACAAAUUCGAUGAGAAACACUUGAUCAUCAAGUGAGAUGAAAGAACAACAACAACUAUCAUUCUUCUGCAUCCCUUGGCCGGGAUGAGUCAAUUUUGCAAGUGGAGGACCGAUUGGUUGGUUGGGUUUUGGCUCUAUUCGCCCUCUAUUUGUGCAUGUAUUUACAGUAUCUGAACAGCAUGUGCCGCCUUAAGUAAGCUUUUCUACUCAACCCCU